CCAGCCAAUCGCUGGCCGUAGAAAUGACAUCAUUGUUAUUUUCAGGCGAGCUGCAGCUUAGAGGUGGAUAAAGUUCGUCUCCACGUUGGAAGUGAUAGAAAGUAUUAGCCGUUUUCAGGCACUGUUUUUACUUUUUGGGAGCGGGGAUAAGUCACGGAGGACAUUCGGUGUGUCAGGACACGGAGACCCGGCGGCGGGGGGACAGUCUUUGGUUGUUGAUGAGCGCAGGGCGCACAAAAGAAAAGUUUUCCCAGGACAUAAAGUUGUCAAGUGAGUUGAACUUCAACAAUAGGCGGACUCUAUCGCAAUCCAGUUGACGGACUGUCACGGGACAUAUGUAAACAGUCGACCUUGGACUGUUUUCUCUUUUCUUUUUUAAAGGAGAAAAAGAAAGAUCUCCCUCAGGGUGAACAAAACUUUAUGUCCAGAAAAAUGGAAGCGACCUUCUACGACGAAGCCUCCAACUCUCAGCAUGACGGGGCGGCAGUGUACGGCUUCAACCCUAAAACCCUCAAACAGACCAUGACCCUGAAUCUGAACGACCCGAAGAACUUUAAACCUCAUUUGGGCGCCAAGGCCCUGGACAUCCUGACGUCCCCUGAUGUCGGGUUACUGAAGCUGGCUUCACCUGAACUGGAGAGACUGAUCAUCCAGUCUUGCAACGGGCUGACAACUCCCACCCCGACCCAGUUCAUCUGCCCCAAGAACAUCACCGACGAGCAGGAGGGCUUCGCUGAGGGGUUUGUGAGGGCGCUGGCUGAGCUCCACUACCAGCAGCAGAUACCUGCCGCCCAGCCCGACCCACAGACCGGCUCGGCCAACGGCAUGACAUCCGGCUCCGCUGCGCCCGAGAGCGGCGGGAUUUCCUACAGCUGCACGGUGCGCACGGAGCCGCCGGAGUACACCAACUUGAGCAGCUUCACUCGGGCUGUAACAGGCUCCACGCCCGCACCUGCCGGCGAGAGGCAGCCACCUCCACCUACAAGUUACCCGGCGGCUCCACAGCCGUCCCACAACCACAUGGACCACCAGCUGCCGGUGGCUGCGCAGCACCCACGGCUACAUGCGCUCAAAGAGGAGCCACAGACGGUCCCGGAGAUGUCCGGCGAGACCCCACCGCUCUCCCCCAUCGACAUGGAGUCCCAAGAGCGCAUCAAAGCUGAAAGGAAGCGCAUGAGGAACAGGGUGGCCGCGUCCAAAUGCCGGAAAAGGAAGCUGGAGAGGAUCGCCCGACUGGAGGAGAGGGUCAAAAACCUAAAGAGCCAAAACACGGAGUUGGUUUCCUCUGCCAACGUCCUGCGGGACGAGCUGGCUCUGCUCAAACAAAAGGUGAUGGACCACGUUAACAGCGGCUGCCAGCUCAUUUUGACGCAGCAGCUCCAAGCUUACUAGACUUGCCAAGGGAAGAAAAUAAAAAGAACCAAGGGACACUGCUCGGGGACCAAAUGCAGCUUAAAGUGGCCCGUUCAGCCUUUCAGGGAAGUCUCAGCGCAUUGUUUUUUUUCUCCUCCACCAAAAUAUCCGCUCAGACUGUAUCCACAUGGAGGCUGACUGACAAGAUACUUGGUAUUGGUCAGCAACGGUGAAUUAUCACAGAGCAGAAGCCAUCAAACUUAUUGCACAGGCGCACACAGCUCAGAUGGAACCUUGGCUCUGCCAGCGCCUCUGAUCUGGCUCGUUACAUAUUUCUGGCAUUUUUUUUUUGUGUGUGUCUUUGUCAUUUAUUUCCACCUUAAACUACAUAAUGAAAUCUGUAAUCUGUCAAACUAGCUAUGGCAAGUGUCCACAUCUUAUCACUCGACUGUGGCCCACGCAUAUCCUGCAUCCUGACUGGAGGAGAGAUAGGGUUUGUGUGGGCUCCAACUGCAUAGACACAAUGUGAAUCAAGCCUUUCACUAUGUCAAGUAGCAACGUAUGCAUAUAGACACAAGUCAAGCACUGAGUAUCCCAGGCACCAACGAUUAUAUGUACAGAACACUAACAACAACAAAGGUUCACACCUUUCCCUAAAGACUCAUAGGUGUGUGUUUACUGACAAAACUGCCUUACUUUCUUAAUACUUACCUUCAUGCAACUUUGUGAUAUAGUUGUAACUAAUGUCAAACCUCAAGUUAACACUUAGUAAUAUUUGUACGCAGUAUUUUGAGCACUUAACUGUAAAUAUGAGAAAAUAAAAGUGUUGGAUAUGCGG